AAUUCUGGCAUUUAUUAAACGAAAUCGAAAGUAAGUUAGUAAGAAGUAAGAAAUAAGUCCUCCGAACUCUUACGAACCCCGAAACAAGUGAUUGACACAAAUUCAAAGUGUACAGUACAGUUUCCCUUGACGUCCACAUUUCUUUGCAUUUUGUGCAAGUAAAAGAUUUGCUGCCUCUCACUGAACCAGACUGAGGCCAUGAAGCUCCUGACCCACAACAUGCUGACUUCCAACAUCAUCAAGGGUGUGUCAAAUGGUUUCCCGUUGGGUAUCGUGGCAAAUAAAGUGGAAGUGAAGGAUGUGGACUUCAACCAAUCGUUUGUGCUCAAAACUUUGUCUAAAGUGGACUGGAAUGCCCUUAGACAAGCUGCCACUCAGGUUGGUCAUGGAGAUGGGCUGCCCGAAGAGCUGGGGGAAGACUUGAAAGAAAAUGAUGAUGUUCUGAAAAAAAUUCACAAUGCUAUGCUCCAG